UUCCCUCCCUCUGCGACAACUUCCUGUCUGAGGACUAUAAAUUCAGUAGCAGGCCACUCACCUGCAGGUUGCAUUGUUCGCCUGUUCUAUUGUUGUUUCUGAGUUUCCUUGUGUUUUCCUAGUUGUAGAUUCUCUGGUUUUCACCCUGCCUGUCUUCCGUUGUUCGAACCGCUCAUUCGUGACAAUAUAGUAGUUUAAAUUUAGGUAGGGUACAUUUUUGCGCAGGCAUCAUUUUGAUUAUUUAGAUCAGACCCACACUGAUGUAGGUGGGCUCUGAUUCGAAGGCUGCAAUUCUGGAUCACAGAAUCAUUUCCUGUCUGACCCUCCCACGUCUACUGCUCACCGCUUCCUUUUAUUUAGACUUUUUUUGAAGGGUGUUAACAAAUAACUUGUAUACCUGUGGCCAAAAAAAUAUAUAGGAACACUGGCCACCCAGAAUUAUUUGAGUUUAAUAUAUAGUUGCACAUCUCUUUUAUUCUGCUAAAAGUAAACGUGUAAAAAUGGCCUACUAUAUGGCAAUAAGUCAAUCAAUGUGGUUAACUUAAUUAUCAAUAAUAGUAAGUUGUCUAUGGUUGCUUGUGUGGGCAGUGACCAAGAAAGAGGAAGAAACCUUUGCAUCUGUAUGGUCUAAAACAAGCCGUCUUAAUCAUGUGAAAUCACUUCAAUGUCUGCUGGAGGUCAGACUCACCAGAGCACAGUAAGAGUUUACAAUGUGAAUUAUUAUGUAUUAUUUGUGUGAAUAUAAGAUUAAUAUUGGUAUUGUACAACCCACUGACUUGCUGAAGACGUGUGUUUAUGUACUAAUGUCAGUGAGAAUGUCUCUUCCUCUUGCUCUGGCGUUUCUGCUCAUGAUUUACGGAGUUUAUGGCCAAUGUGAUUGGGGUUUGAGUUAUGGCUCUUCACGCAUCUGCGCACUAGUGGGGUCAACAGUGACAAUCUACUGUAACUAUACAUACCCUCCUGAACAUCAGAUCAGAGAAGCAAACUGGACCAAAACAAAUGAAUGCUAUCAAGAUCUCUUAACGGACCCAGAAUACAGUCAGAGGUUUAAGUAUCUGGGAGAUAAAGAGAAAACUGCACCUAUUCAUGUGACACAGAAAGAUGAAGACAUGUACUAUUUCAGAUUCAUCACUGAUCAGGAAAAAUGGCUUGGUCUUCCAGGAGUGACUCUUACUGUGACAGAUCUUCAGGUGGAGUCUCCUGAGAGAGUGACAGAGGGAGAUUCAGUCCGUCUGACAUGUAAAAGCAGCUGCGCUCUGACUGACAGAGCAACAUUCAUCUGGUACAGAAACUCACAGCCAUUAACUGAGAGAAGAGACAGAAACAAUAUACUCCUGCUGCAGUCAGUCAGAAGAGAGGAUGCAGGCAGAUAUAGCUGUGCUCUACAGGAACACACUUACAUCUCUCCUGAGGUUUAUCUCAAUGUCACGUACCCACCCAGGAACGUCUCGGUGUUCAUAAAAGGAUCUGGUGAAAUAGUGGAGGGAGAUUCAGUGACUCUGAUCUGCAGCAGUGAUUCAAACCCACCUGCAGAAAUCAGCUGGUUUAAAGGAAGAACACUUGUUAGAUCUGGAAGAAUCUACAGCAUCUCAAAGAUCAGAUCUGAUCACAGAGAAAAAUACAAGUGCAGGUCCAGAAAUAAACAUGGAAAGAAAUACUCUGAAGCUGUGACUUUAAACGUCAUAUAUGCACCCAGGAACGUCUCAGUGUUCAUGAGUGGAUCUGGAAAUAGUGGAGGAGAUUCAGUGACUCUGAUCUGCAGCAGUGAUUCAAACCCACCUGCUCUGAACUUCUUCUGGUUUAAGGAGAAUCAAAGCUCAUCUGUUGGAUCUGGACAGAGUUUCAGUGCACUACAGAGUGGACGCUUCUACUGUGAGGCUCACAAUCAACACGGAUCUCUGAGAUCAGACACUGCUACUGUCACAGUUCACAGAAGUGAUGGUAGGACUGUGUUCCAAGUUACAUUGGUAUCUGGAGUAUUAUUCAUCAUCGUUUUACUUUUUUAUAAUUCUGAGAAAAAUGAUGAAAAGAAGAACUGCAAUACAUGA